UCGGCUCACCAAUGCGCGGUUUCCACCCAUACGCCCAAAAGACUUUCGAAAGAAGGAAAGAAGGGCCUUCCUCUCUCUCUUUGGAAAAUAUCAAGCCUCGGUACCUGCUUUUCUAGCUGCACAAAUCGAGAGAAAGAGGAAGUGGACUCAGUCGCUUUUGAGAGUUCAGACCUAGAUAUUGACUCGAGUCUUAGCAUGAAGAGUUCCAAGAACAUUGUUAAUUUAGAAGAGUACUAGAGUCAAGAUCAAAUGAUGAGUGUUCCACAGGAUUGGAUCCAGUUCCUCACUGACGGUGUGGCUUUGGGAGUGGUGUGUGUUUUUGGCGUUUUGGCCAAUUCUCUAGCUACUGUGGUUUUGGUCUUGGACAAGGGAGUUGAGCUCUCGCAGAUCUUCACGCGGAUUCUCAUUGCUUUGAUGACAUACGAUUCGGUGCUGCUCUUGGGGCUGUUUUCCAUUUAUAGUUGGCCCAUGUUAAAUGUGAACUUCCAAAGGGAGAUCUACCCGUGGAUCGUUCCUUACGUUCUACCUGUCGUGCAAAUAUCUUUAACGGGUUCGGUUUACAUGACGAUGGCUAUCUCGGUUGAGAGGUACUUUUCCUUGAGGUCCAUUCUCGACUUCAAACCAAAUGAAAACCAAGGAAGACCACAGGGAUUCCAAGAAGCUUGCAGUCCAAUGAGUUGUCAGGCGUCAAUUUUCAAAGAAGAUACGUGGAUAUCCUGUCUUUGUUCGUUUCUAGAGAGGUGUUCCGUUCAAUUUGAGCCCAGGCGAUCGAUAUCUUACAUUCUUCCCAUUGGAGUGUUCUCCCUGAUAUACAAUAUAACUCGAUUUUUUGAGCUCCGAACCGUGAAGAAGUAUUUCUUACGAAAUGCAACCAUUCCAGCUAGAUCCACGGCAGAGGAAGCAGAGGGAACCUUGAGUUUUCCUGUUGAGUCGGAAACAGUGUUAUUCUCCAAUGAGACGGUUCUGUGGAAGCAAUUCAACUACUCUUACUAUAACGUCGAAAUGACCGAAAUGAGGGCCAAUGACAGCUACAUAUGCAACUACAUCUUACUUUCGAAUUGCAUAUUCAUGGCUGCGAUCCCAUUGGUUCUUCUCAUUUCGAUGAACUCUCUGCUGUACAAAUUGCUCCAAUCUCAAAAAUUGCUCAACAAAGCCCAACUCAAUCGACGAGUCAAACGGGAUCAAACAGUGGCCGGAAUGUUUAUUGCCAUCGUCAUGGUCUUCAUCGUGUGUCACACGCCCAAAAUUGUGUGCUCAAUAUACGAACUUUGUAAGGUUUGGUUCGACAACCAUCACAAUUGGUCGGAUUGGACCCAACAUCUCAUCAGUUUGAACCAUUUAAUGUUGGCUGUAAAUUCUUCUAUCAACUUUCUUAUCUACUCUUGGAAAGACAGUAAAUUUCGUACUGCCAUGUUGAAGAAAGUGUGCUUCUUCCGCAAAGAUCGAACUUGCCCAAGAUUUGGCCCUUGUGGGACACCAGAGCCAAACUCUGACCCGUAUGAUUACCAAAGCCCUCAUGAAACUCGCUCCAUUGGAAAUAUGGGGAGCCAACUUAUUGGACCUGAAGAAAUAAAUCUCACAGAUGUGAUGCCCAUUCCUGAAAGCUCACCCAAUUUAAGAAAAACAACUUCAUAUUCAGAACAGACGUUUAUCCUGAUGGACCCUGUUAAUGAAAACCACACAGACGAUACUAAAAAGCCUGUUAGAUUGUCAAUGCUCAGCUUCGUAAAAAAUGUUUCGGAUACUGUUGUUUAAAAUGUGAUUGUGUUUCUCAAGAAAUAUAUUCAGAUAUCAAACAG